AUGGUCCACGGGGCACCCUCCGAGACCAACCUACCUGGAGCACGGGGGGCUGAGGAACCCCGCGUCACGAGAUCCCGUGCCCAGGCCCUUGCGGACGCAGCCGCAACCACUCACGCAACCGAUGGAGGCGAGACGCAAUCCCAACCCUUGGAGCCACGAGUCCAAGCCUUGGAGGAUGUCUCGGCCAAUCAGGAUGCACGCAUGGACGACCUCGAGCAGGAGAUCUCCGCCAUUGGUGACACAACCAAGGAGAUGCUCUCGGACAUGGAGCAGAGGACCCAAGCCGACUUGGACUCAUGCGACGUGCAGAUCCGGCUCUUGCGAGAGGACCAUGACCGAGAGGUAAGUGACCUUCGUCGCUUAGUCAAUGAACUAAAGCUUGAAUGUCGUUUGCACAGGAACCAAGCAGCCCCUGCUCCGGUACCUCCCCCUGCACCGGUCCCAGCUCCAGCCCCAGCACCAGCCCCGGCUCACAACCACCUACCCAUCAAGGUGGCCGAACCCUUCAUCUUCAAUGGGAACCGGAGUGCGUCUGUGGUGGAGUCCUUCCUGUUCACCUUGGACCAGUACUUUGAAGCCCUUGGUGUUGCCGACGACCAAGCCAAGAUCCGACAUGCUGCCACCUAUCUCCGAGAAGUGGCCCAACUUUGGUGGAGGCGCUACCUUGCUGAACGCGAGCGAGGGGAACGCAAAAUGGACACAUGGGCUCAGUUCAAGGCUGAACUCCGACGCCACUUUGUCCCCACCAAUGCAGCCGACGAGGCUCGGACUAGAUUCCGACGUCUCCGGCAUACAGGGAGUUUAUUUGAUUACAUUCGUGAUUUUACAGCAUUACGUUUAGAGAUGCAUGACCUAACGGAUAGAGAUGCUCUAUUUUACUUUAAGGAUGGCUUGAAGGACUUUGCUAGGAUGGAGGUGAACCGUAGGGACGCCCAAACCCUAGAAGAGGCCAUCACGAUUGUGGAGAGCAUUCCGGAAUACAACCAAAGCCGUCCCAACCAACCCUCGAGGAACCAAGGAGGUAACCGAGACGGGAACAGGCCAAGGUCUAACUUCCCGAGCCGAGACAACUCCCGGAACAGUGGGCCACCAAACUCACAUGGUUCGGGACACGUUAAGGAUCGGUCGAAGCCACCUAAGCCGUGUUUCCUCUGUGGUGGUCCCCAUUGGGUCCGAGAGUGUCCCAAGAGAGCAAAGAUCAACGCAGCCGAAGUUAGACCCGACAAAAGCAAAGGCAAAGGCAAGGAGAAGGAGACGGAUGGAGACUCAGCCAUCGUCGGAUCCCUCCAUAGGUUCAACACAUUGAACAAGCCAUCUUCAACCGAGAAUGCCAUAGCUUCCGAGUCACCUAACCGAGGCCUUCUCUAUGCAGACAUCGACAUAUACGGUAAGAUAGUUCCUGCUAUGUUCGAUACCGGUGCUUCUCACAAUUUUAUGGAUGUAGGUGAAGCCAAAAAGCUUAAGCUACGCUUAGACGGUAGUGGAGGUUCGGUUAAAGCCGUGAACUCUCCUGCACAAGCUGCUGUAGGUGUGGCCAAGGGAGUCCGAAUCCAGAUAGGAGAUUGGAUUGGGAAGACCGACUUCACGGUCUUGCCCAUGGAUGACUUUCGAGUUGUCCUCGGACUCACCUUUUUCCGUUCGGUGAGCACCUUCAUCCCCGCAGCCACCUCCUCACUCGUGAUUGUGGACAAGGACAAGCCAACAUUUGUCCCUCUACGACCAGCCCCGAGAGACUCCACAACUCUCUCGGCCAUGCAAUUCAAGAGAGGUGUCAAGAGCUCGGAGUGCUUCAUUGCAACCGUCCGAGACUUAAACGACGAGGAACCCUCGUGUCAAACUCAUGUCCCGAGCGAGGUACGUUCUCUUUUGGAUUCUUAUGCAGAUGUGAUGCCCUCGGAUCUUCCCAAGAAGCUUCCACCGAGGAGAGGAGUGGAUCAUGCUAUCGAGCUCAUUCCCGGGUCCAAACCACCGGCCAUGGCCCCGUACCGAAUGGCUCCUCCCGAGCUAGCCGAGCUCAAGAAACAACUAGAGGACCUCCUAGACGCAGGCUACAUACAGCCUUCCAAGGCCCCUUAUGGUGCUCCCGUCCUCUUCCAAAAGAAGAAGGAUGGCUCCCUUCGGAUGUGCAUAGACUACCGAGCCCUUAACAAGGUAACCGUGAAAAAUAAGUAUCCCAUACCUUUGAUUGCGGAUCUUUUUGAUCAGCUUAGGGAAGCCCGAGUCUUCUCCAAGCUUGAUUUACGUUCGGGCUAUUACCAAGUGAGAGUAGACGAGGGAGAUGAGGCCAAAACCGCGUGCGUCACUAGGUAUGGUUCCUUCGAGUUCAAGGUAAUGCCUUUCGGCCUAACCAAUGCUCCGACUACGUUUUGCACGAUGAUGAAUGAGUUAUUCCAUCCAUAUCUAGAUAGGUUUGUGGUCAUAUAUCUAGAUGAUAUUGUUGUGUAUAGCAAAACUUUGAGUGAGCAUGUAGGUCACCUCAAGCUCGUCUUGGAUGUACUUCGGGAGAACGAGUUGUACAUCAAGCUCGAGAAGUGUGACUUCGCCCAACCACAAGUGGAGUUUCUAGGUCAUUAUGUGAAGGACGGACAGCUCCUCAUGGACCCGAAGAAGAUCAAAUCCAUCCGAGAAUGGAAUCGACCCAAGACCGUCCCACAACUACGGUCCUUUCUUGGCCUUGUCAAUUAUUAUCGCAGAUUUAUACUUGGCUACUCAUCCAUUGCAGCACCUCUUUCGGACAUGCUCAAGAAGGACAAGAAGUGGGAUUGGACCGACAAAUGCCAAGCCGCGUUCGACAAACUUAGAGACAUUGUCUCGAGUGAACCAGUUAUGACAUUGGCGAACGUCGAUCAGCCCUUUGAGGUACAUUCCGAUGCCUCGGACUAUGCUAUUGGUGGUGUUUUGAUGCAGGACAAUCAUCCCGUGGCGUACGAGAGUCGGAAACUCAACGAUGCCGAGAAGAAAUACACCGUCCAAGAGAAGGAAAUGACGGCCAUUCCUCCGUCGGUGUGUCCGCGAGGUUCUUCUCUCGGUGUGUCCGAGCGUAUUCGUCGCCGGUGUGUCCGCGACCAGCACUCGGUGUGUCCGGUGCUCCUAUCCCCUUCGUCUCCACCCCACCACAUCUCUCCCGUGGUUACGUCGAGUGCCUCUCGCAGGCCCGUGACUGAUUCCGAGGACCACCCUUCCCCUUCGAACGAGAAACAAGCGCACAUGGACACGGAAUGGCCGAGAAGCUUCCUUAGCGGGUCACGGACCACGGACGACCUCGGAUGA